AUGUUAUCAUCAGUGAAACGGGGGAAAAUCACUAUGCUUGAACUUCUUUUCAUUUUGAUGUUGCUCUUCUCUGGACCAACCCUGAGCAAGCUUAGCAGGACCAAAGGCAAACACUGGAAGGGGGGAUCCCGUCUUCGCCAGGAGGACUUUCCACCACGGAUUGUUGAGCAUCCUUCAGAUGUGAUAGUCUCUAAAGGAGAGCCAACAACUCUGAACUGUAAAGCUGAAGGACGGCCAACUCCUACUAUUGAGUGGUACAAGGAUGGAGAGCGAGUGGAAACGGACAAGGAUGAUCCACGCUCCCACCGCAUGCUGCUGCCCAGUGGAUCUUUAUUUUUCUUACGUAUUGUACAUGGACGCAGGAGUAAACCUGAUGAAGGAAGUUAUGUUUGCGUAGCAAGGAACUAUCUUGGAGAAGCUGUGAGUCGCAAUGCAUCUCUGGAAGUGGCAUUGCUACGGGAUGACUUCCGCCAAAAUCCUACAGAUGUUGUGGUGGCAGCUGGAGAGCCUGCCAUAUUGGAGUGCCAGCCACCUCGUGGACACCCUGAGCCUACCAUCUACUGGAAGAAGGAUAAAGUCCGUAUCGAUGACAGGGAAGAGCAGAUCAGUAUACGUGGUGGGAAGCUGAUGAUCUCCAAUACAAGAAAAAGUGAUGCUGGCAUGUACACUUGUGUUGGAACCAACAUGGUGGGGGAGCGAGACAGUGAUCCAGCAGAGCUGACUGUCUUUGAACGGCCCACGUUUCUCAGGCGACCGAUUAACCAAGUGGUGCUGGAGGAGGAGGCCGUGGAUUUCCGGUGCCAGGUGCAGGGGGAUCCCACACCCACAGUCCGGUGGAAGAAAGAUGAUGCAGACUUACCGAGAGGAAGGUAUGACAUCAAGGAUGACUACACUUUGCGCAUUAAGAAGGCCAUGAGCACAGAUGAAGGAACCUACAUAUGCAUUGCUGAGAAUCGAGUUGGAAAAGUGGAAGCCUCUGCUACCCUCACUGUGCGAGCUCGCCCCGUUGCUCCCCCACAGUUUGUGGUGAGACCACGAGACCAGAUUGUAGCCCAGGGUCGAACAGUGACUUUUCCUUGUGAAACUAAAGGAAAUCCCCAACCAGCUGUUUUCUGGCAAAAAGAAGGAAGCCAGAAUCUACUCUUCCCAAACCAGCCUCUCCAACCCAACAGCAGGUAUUCAGUGUCACCAACCGGAGACCUCACUAUUACCAACAUUCAGCGGUCUGAUGCAGGCUACUACAUUUGUCAAGCACUGACGGUUGCUGGAAGCAUUUUAGCAAAGGCUCAGCUGGAGGUUACUGAUGUCUUGACAGAUAGGCCUCCACCCAUCAUCCUCCAGGGGCCGGUCAAUCAGACACUGGCAGUGGAUGGGACAGCUUUGCUGAAGUGCAAGGCAACCGGCGACCCCCUUCCUGUCAUCAGCUGGUUAAAAGAAGGAUUCACCUUCCUGGGCAGAGACCCUCGAACAUCCAUACAGGAUCAGGGGACGCUUCAGAUUAAAACUCUGCGGCUGUCUGAUACUGGGACUUACACUUGCGUUGCUACAAGUUCCAGUGGGGAGACGUCAUGGAGUGCUGUGCUGGAGGUGACAGAAUCCGGUGGAGCAACAGUCAGUAAAAAUUAUGAUAUAAAUGACCUCCCUGGGCCGCCAUCCAAACCUCAGGUCACUGAUGUUACUAAGAACAGUGUCACCCUGUCCUGGCAACCAGGGACCCCUGGAAGCCUACCAGCUAGUGCAUAUAUUAUUGAGGCUUUUAGUCAGUCUGUGAGCAAUAGCUGGCAAACAGUGGCUAACCAUGUGAAGACCACUCUCUACACUGUGAGAGGACUGCGCCCCAAUACAAUCUACCUGUUUAUGGUGAGAGCUAUCAAUUCUCAAGGUCUGAGUGAUCCCAGCCCUAUGUCAGAUCCUGUCCGAACACAAGAUAUCAGCCCACCAGCACAAGGAGUGGAUCACAGGCAAGUCCAGAAAGAACUGGGAGAUGUCAUUGUACGACUGCAUAAUCCUGUUGUGUUGACACCCACAACAGUUCAAGUCACCUGGACGGUUGACCGCCAAUCCCAGUUUAUUCAGGGAUACCGAGUAAUGUAUCGCCAAAUGUCUGGCCUACCUUCUCCAGCUGUGUGGCAGAAUUUGGAGGUCAAAGUCCCAACUGAGCGCAGUGCUGUCCUCGUCAGCUUGAAAAAGGGAGUCACUUAUGAAAUUAAAGUUCGCCCUUAUUUCAAUGAAUUCCAAGGAAUGGACAGUGAAUCAAAGUCUGCUCGUACCACAGAGGAAGCUCCAAGUGCCCCUCCUCAGUCUGUUACUGUCCUGACAGUUGGAAACCACAACAGCACAAGCAUCAGCAUCUCCUGGGAUCCUCCCCCUCCAGAUCACCAAAAUGGAGUCAUCCAGGAGUAUAAGAUCUGGUGCCUAGGUAAUGAGACUCGAUUUCAUAUCAACAAAACAGUAGAUGCAGCCAUUCGGUCUGUAGUAAUAGGUGGCCUAUAUCCAGGUAUUCAGUACCGUGUGGAAGUUGCUGCAAGCACCAGUGCAGGUGUGGGAGUAAAAAGUGAGCCACAACCCAUAAUAAUUGGAGGUCGUAACGAAGUUGUCAUCACUGAAAAUAAUAACAGCAUAACUGAGCAAAUCACUGAUGUUGUCAAACAGCCUGCCUUUAUAGCUGGCAUUGGUGGUGCAUGUUGGGUAAUUCUGAUGGGUUUCAGCAUCUGGCUGUACUGGCGCAGAAAGAAGAGGAAGGGGCUCAGCAAUUAUGCUGUUCAGUCCUUCACCUUCACCCCUGCAGUCACUUUCCAAAGAGGAGAUGGAGGACUAAUGAGCAAUGGAAGUCGACCAGGUCUGUUGAAUGCAAGUGACCCUAGUUAUCCGUGGCUUUCCGACUCUUGGCCUGCCACAAGUCUGCCAGUAAACAACAGCACUAGUGGACCAAAUGAUCUUGGCAAUUUUGGUCGUGGAGAUGUGCUGCCACCAGUGCCAGGGCAAGGAGAUAAAACCGCUACUAUGCUUUCUGAUGGAGCCAUUUACAGCAGCAUUGACUUUACCACGAAAACUAGUUACAACAGUUCCAGCCAAAUAACGCAAGCCACGCCAUAUGCCACCACCCAGAUACUGCAUUCCAACAGCAUCCACGAGUUGGCUGUCGACUUACCUGAUCCUCAGUGGAAAAGCUCAAUUCAGCAAAAAAAUGACCUGAUGGGAUUCGGUUACUCUCUCCCAGACCAAGGCAAAGGCAACAAUGCCUUGCUUUACAUCCCUGACUACCGCGUGGCUGAGGGAUUGGCUAAUAGAUUGCCACACAACCAGUCACAGGAUUUCAGCACCACCAGCUCCCACAACAGCUCCGAAAGGAGUGGCAGCCUCUCAGGUGGCAAAGGAGGGAAAAAGAAGAAAAACAAAAAUACUGCCAAGCCCCAGAAAAAUAAUGGUUCAAACUGGGCCAGUGUUCCCCUCCCACCCCCUCCCGUGCAGCCGCUUCCAGGCACAGAGUUGGAACACUAUGGGGUGGAUCAGCAAGAAGCAGGAUAUGACAGUGAUGGUUGGUGUCCGCCUUUGCCAGUUCAGACCUACCUACAUCAGGGCAUGGAGGAUGAGCUUGAAGAAGAUGAUGAUCGUGUUCCCACACCUCCUGUCCGAGGAGUAGCUUCAUCACCUGCGAUCUCCUUUGGGCAACAGUCAACUGCAACCCUCACACCUUCUCCACGAGAGGAGAUGCAGCCAAUGCUUCAAGCUCACCUUGAUGAAUUAACUAGGGCUUACCAGUUUGAUAUAGCAAAGCAGACAUGGCACAUCCAAAGCAAUACACAACCUCCUCAGGCUCCAGUUCCACCCCUAGGAUAUGUAUCUGGAAACCUUAUUUCAGAUUUGGAAACAGAUGUUCCAGAUGAUGAUGAUGAUGACGAGGAUGAUAUUGAAGAAGAAACUGUAGAAAUCAGUAGGCCGCUAAGAGGUCUAGAGCAUACUCCAGGCUCCAGUAUGGACAAUCUAGACAGCUCUGUGACAGGUUCAAUGGUAAAUGGAUGGGGUUCUGCGUCUGAUGAGGAUCGUAACUUUUCUAGUCAUAGAUCUAGUGUAGGUAGCUCCUCAGAUGACUCGAUCUUUACCAGCGGCAGUUUUGCACAAGCACUGGUUGCAGCAGCAGAUAAAGCUGGUUUUAGGCUGGAUGGAACCAGCCUGACAAGAACAGGCAAAGCAUACCCUUCCUCUCAGAGACCUCGGCCAAGCAGUCCUUUUUCUACUGACAGCAACACCAGUGCAGCUGUCAAUCAGAGUCAGAGGCCGAGGCCCACUAAAAAACACAAGGGAGGACGAUUGGACCAACCCCCCUUGCCUCAUCGUAGGGAGGGGAUAACAGACGAUCUUCCACCACCACCCGACCCGCCCCCUGGUCAGGGUUUAAGGCAGCAAAUAGUCCCUGGCCAGCGCGGAGGCUCGGCAGAGAGGAAAGGAAGCUCUCUUGAGAGGCAGCAUGCACCGAACGUAGAUGAAACAAAGAGCUCCCUGGACCGGCAAGCUAGGACAUCACUAGAGUGGCAGCGGCAAACCCAGGAGUGGAUAAGCUCUACAGACCGCCAAGAGGAUUUCAGGAAAGCCCAACACAAACAAGCCUUCGGAUCAGAAGAGGCACUCGUACCAUAUAGUAAACCCAACUUCCCAUCCCCUGGCGGCCACAGCUCUUCAGGAACAGCUUCUUCUAAAGGAUCGACCGGACCUAGAAAAGGUGAAGUCUUGCGAGGAGGUCACCACCACAAUGCCAGUGACCUUCUCGAUGUAGGCUAUGUGGGAUCAAACAGUCAAGGACAGUUUACUGGUGAAUUAUGUAAGUUUAGCUAUGGUUCAAACUCUCCAAUAGACAAAAAGAGAAAAAUGAUUAAACUGUUGCGAAGAGAGGAGGAAGUUGAGUGUGAUAAUCAGAUUAAAAUUUCCCCCGAUCUUUUUGCCUUCUGA